ACCCCCACCCUACCCCAGAGAGGAAAGUUGUCCAAUUUCCCAUCACACUGAACGCUCCACCCCUAUCCUGGUUCUCCAUCUUUCUCUAACCAAGCAAAAGGCCAACCAGCGUCUCAACACCAUUGGGAUUUUCCCGCUGACAUAUUCUUACCUAGACUGAAAGUACAGCAAUCAUGACAGACUCCAAAUAUUUCACAACAAACAAAAAAGGGGAAAUCUUUGAACUAAAGGCUGAGCUGAACAAUGAGAAGAAGGAAAAGAGAAAAGAGGCUGUGAAGAAGGUUAUUGCCGCUAUGACUGUUGGCAAGGAUGUCAGUUCCUUGUUCCCAGAUGUUGUCAACUGUAUGCAGACAGACAACCUGGAGCUGAAAAAGUUAGUCUACCUCUACCUAAUGAACUACGCCAAGAGUCAGCCAGACAUGGCCAUCAUGGCAGUGAACAGCUUUGUCAAGGACUGUGAAGACCCCAACCCUCUGAUUCGGGCUCUUGCUGUUCGCACCAUGGGCUGCAUCCGUGUGGACAAGAUCACAGAGUACCUGUGUGAGCCGCUGAGGAAGUGCCUGAAAGAUGAGGACCCAUAUGUGAGGAAGACAGCUGCUGUUUGCGUGGCUAAGCUGCAUGACAUCAAUGCCCAGAUGGUGGAGGACCAGGGCUUCCUGGACUCUUUGAGAGACCUCAUUGCUGACUCAAAUCCAAUGGUUGUGGCCAAUGCAGUUGCGGCCCUGUCAGAGAUCAGUGAGUCCCACCCCAACAGCAACCUGCUGGAUCUAAAUCCCCAGAACAUCAACAAGCUUCUAACAGCCCUGAAUGAGUGCACUGAGUGGGGUCAGAUCUUCAUCCUGGACUGUCUCUCUAACUACAAUCCCAAGGAUGAACGCGAGGCUCAAAGCAUCUGCGAGCGUGUCACUCCCCGUCUAUCUCAUGCCAACUCAGCGGUGGUCCUGUCAGCUGUCAAGGUCCUCAUGAAAUUCUUGGAGCUGCUUCCCAAGGACUCAGACUAUUACAACACAUUGCUAAAGAAGUUAUCACCCCCUCUGGUCACUUUGCUCUCUGGGGAGCCAGAGGUCCAGUAUGUGGCUCUGAGGAACAUCAAUCUAAUUGUUCAGAAGAGGCCAGAGAUUCUGAAGCAGGAGAUAAAAGUGUUUUUUGUCAAGUACAACGAUCCUAUCUAUGUGAAGCUUGAGAAACUGGACAUCAUGAUCCGCCUGGCUUCUCAGGCCAACAUAGCCCAGGUUUUGGCUGAAUUAAAAGAAUAUGCCACAGAGGUAGAUGUCGACUUUGUCCGCAAAGCUGUUCGGGCCAUUGGACGUUGUGCCAUUAAAGUGGAGCAAUCAGCCGAGCGCUGUGUCAGCACUUUAUUGGACCUGAUCCAGACCAAGGUCAACUACGUUGUUCAGGAAGCUAUUGUGGUCAUCAGAGACAUUUUCCGCAAGUACCCUAACAAAUACGAGAGCAUCAUUGCCACUCUGUGUGAGAAUCUUGACUCCUUGGAUGAGCCUGAUGCUCGAGCUGCCAUGAUCUGGAUCGUUGGUGAGUAUGCAGAGAGGAUUGACAACGCCGACGAGCUGCUGGAGAGCUUCCUCGAGGGUUUCCACGAUGAGAGCACCCAGGUUCAGCUCACUCUGUUGACUGCUAUCGUCAAGCUGUUCCUUAAGAAGCCAUCAGAGACGCAGGAGCUGGUGCAGCAGGUCCUCAGCCUGGCCACUCAGGACUCUGACAACCCCGACCUCCGUGAUAGGGGCUACAUUUAUUGGCGACUCUUGUCAACUGACCCUGUGACAGCCAAAGAAGUGGUGCUGUCUGAAAAGCCUUUGAUCUCAGAGGAGACGGACCUGAUUGAACCGACCCUACUGGACGAGCUUAUCUGUCACAUUGGCUCCUUGGCCUCUGUCUAUCACAAACCGCCCAGCGCCUUUGUGGAGGGAAGCCACGGAAUCCACCGAAAACACCUUCCUGUUCAGCACAGCAGCAUUGACACAGGAGAGAGCCCUGUGAGUGGUGGGCCAGCAGCUGCCAUCGACCAACCUCAUGUCAUUCCUAGCCAGGGUGACCUACUAGGUGACCUACUGAACCUGGACCUGGGCCCUCCGGUCAAUGUACCCCAGGUCUCCUCCAUGCAGAUGGGUGCGGUGGACCUUCUCGGAGGGGGCCUGGAUAGUUUGCUCGGGGGAGACCUGGGCGGAGGUGUUGGGGGAAGUCCUGCAGUGGGACAAAAUUUCAUCCCCUCCUCUGUUCCAAGUACUUUUGCCCCCUCGCCCACACCUGCACCUACAGCUGUCAGCAGCGGCCUCAACGACCUGUUUGAGCUUUCCACAGGCAUGGCCAUCACCACUGGAGGCCAUGCAGCUCCAAAAGCAGUGUGGCUUCCGGCAGUUAAAGCGAAGGGACUGGAGAUCUCUGGAACAUUCUCCCGCCGCCAAGGCCACAUGUACAUGGACAUGACCUUUACCAACAAAGCCCUGCAACACAUGACGGAUUUUGCUAUUCAGUUCAACAAGAACAGUUUUGGGGUGAUCCCCACCAGUCCUCUGCCUAUUCACACUCCACUUAUGCCUAAUCAGACCAUUGAGAUCUCCUUGCCAUUAAACACCAUCGGGCCAGUAAUGAAGAUGGACCCACUCAAUAACCUGCAGGUGGCUGUGAAGAACAACAUUGACGUGUUCUACUUUAGCGUACUCAUCCCUCUCAAUGUAUUCUUUGUUGAGGAUGGAAAAAUGGAGCGACAGGUGUUCCUGGCUACCUGGAAAGACAUCCCCAAUGAAAAUGAACUCCAGUACCAGAUAAAAGAGUGUCACCUAAAUGCAGACACAGUGUCAGGGAAGCUGCAGAAUAAUAACAUUUACACCAUUGCCAAGAGGAAUGUGGAGGGCCAGGAUAUGCUUUACCAGUCUCUCAAGCUGACCAACGGCAUCUGGAUAUUGGCUGAGCUCCGCAUCCAGCCAGGGAACCCCAAUUACACGCUUUCUCUUAAAUGUCGGGCCCCUGAAGUGUCUCAGUAUGUCUACCAGAUGUAUGACUCUGUGCUGAAGAACUGACCCGUUGCACCACCACCACUGACUGCCAGAACAAGAAAAUCCACAGUAUAUAAUGGUUAAUCAUUAGCAAUUUGCGAUAUUGGGUGUAUUUUCUGCUAAAUAUAGACAUGGUUACCCUUUUUUGGCAGUUGAAGGUAUUAUUUAAUCCCCGAAUUCCACUCCAUGUUUUUGUUUAUCUCCUAGUAAAAACAUUCUGUCAUUCCAUCCAUAACUGAGUGUCUUAAUGAUGUGACUGAUAGUGAAACUCCUGAGAGGGGUAAAAACUCUUAACCUCCACAAAGCCAUUGUUUUUUUUUAUAAUCUGUGUCUUGUAUUUCUCUUAGAUGUAUUUUUGAUACCGGCAUUGCAGCAGUUGUACCUUCAGAAUCAUGACAAUGUGAUUUUUCGUGUGUGAAGUAUUGCAACAACUCCAAAAUCUCUUUAAGAAAAUAUAAUCCUUCCUCUUUGAUGAUUUGUUCUGAUCCAAAUAUGUGCUGCAUUCAGAUACCAAUAAUAAAUUCAGAUGCCAACAAAACCUUUUCCUUCUAAAGUUUAAGCUUUACGUCAUGUGUAAAAUUUCCCCCCCCUUUCCUCUCCCACUCUUACUUAUGCACAUGCUUGUUUAAUAUUUUUAUCAAAUAUUCUAAACACAACAGGUGGUCCAAGUAUUGCAUCUACUUUAUUGAGUUGUUGAAGAAGAGAGAUUAAAACUUCCAUAAAAUAUAUAAGAUGGUGAAUAAUCUCUUAACUGCAGAUUAUUACAACUAUUUGCCAAGACAUUCUACUUGGUUGGUGUACCACCACCCAAACUGCAAAGGAUGUUUAUUAUGUGACAACAAAUAAGCGACACUCCAUUUUCAAUACCGUUAGAAUUUGGAGGAAAAAAAUCCAAUGCCCAUCUUACUGCAGUCACAAAGCUGCACAACUUUAUACAUCACAUGUCAUUCCUAUUUAUUUUUUCCAUCUACCUCCACAUGUUUUCUUUGAACUGGUUUAUAAUUUCAGUGUCUUCAAAUUAACUGCUGGCACUCUGCUUCAAAUUAAAUCUUUUCUGAUCUUAAUAUCAGUCUAAACUUGUAAUCCAGAUCAAAUUCACAGGACCAAACAUUCACACAACUCAAAGGUUAAGUUUAUAUUUUAAGAAUGUUUAACUACUAUGACCUUAUAAUGUUGGCGCUCUUGUGUGGUACAUAAAAAUAAUAAUUCGUACACCCAUAGGCAUAGUUAUUGUGUGGUCCAGUGACAGUGUAUUUUGUGUCGUAACUUUUAUCACAAUGGAAAUUAAAUAAAGCAAUGCCUAUGUAUUCAUCAAGCUGAAAACACCUUUCCAGUGUGUAAAUUGUGUUUGACAUUUCUUCUACAUCCAUAAUGCAUAAUACAUGCCUGCAUGAGCUCUUUCUUACUUUAUUAUUUUCUUCACAGUGGUUUAUCUCUUGUCCUUAUCUAUUCUCCACAUCCGUUUGACAGAUCUUGUCUGUAACAUGUUGUAGAGGUAUAUUUUAAAAUGGUGUGUAGCAAUGCAGUUUUAGCAGAAACAACUGUUAUUGAAUGCUUCGCUUAGAAAUGGUUGUAAAAACUGUAAGUCUGUUCUCAGCAAUCAUUGCUACAUUAUAAUUGACCUUAAACCAAUAAAAAGUAAUUGUGAAACCAAAUGUCU